UUUUUUUUAUCAUGCAUGAUUAGUACUAUAAGGUUUCACAUCGUUUGUAGACUAGAAUAUAUAAACCAGAUUUUAUUCUUAAAUGUAAAGAAUUAUUUUAUACUAUUUUCAGAAGCUUUAUUAGUGAAACUGAUGAUGUGUAUACACGCUCACAAUCACAUUAGACUUCAGUCAUGAUGAUAUCUUUACAAAUUGACAUAUACACUCAAUCUUAAAAAAAUAUUUUUUUUUAACUUGUAAAAUCACAUUCAACAUGGAAAGAAAUCAAUUCAGUAUUUGGUUUAUUCAGAAAACAGAUUACGUUUUGAAAACUGUUGAUGUAUUUUUUUUUUUGUUUUCUAUCAAGUAAACUCUCUUCCGAGAAAUCUAAUGAGAAGAUGUUUUUUCGAAUAGAAGAGUUUUUUUUUUUUUUGAUGAUUUUCUAAUGCUUAAUUAAAUUAAAAAAAUCACAAAACUGAAAGAAUUGGGAAAAAAAAAACAGAGAAAAGACAAAAUACUAAAUUGGGUAAUCCGAAUGAAAGAAGGAUCCUCAAACUAUGGCACAGGGUGCAUGGACGGAGAGAGACCAUCUCAUUGCCUUGAUAAUAUUUUCAGUAAACUAUGAAAUUGAUUAAUUGAGAAGAUGUAUAUUGAAACUCAGCUAUGUCAGGUAAACCUGGCACACAAAUCCAUCCCCCUUCUUUAUGGCCUUGUUAUUAAUGAGAUAUUCGAGUAAGAAACUAGAAUAAAAUUGACUGAGAAACAUAAUAAUAUGUUGGAAACUAAAUUGAUAAAUGUUUGCUCACCUAGACUUUUUUUUUUAAUAUGUUAUUUCCAGACUUUAUUUAACGAACAUAAUUAAUAACCAUGAUCAAAUAAUGUCUGCCUUGAAAGUACUGUACUAUAGUUAGUUACUACCACAGAGACCAAUAAAAAUAUAAAAAACUCUACCUUUUCUCCGUGAGCAAUCGAUGGAAAGCAAUCUGCCUUCUUCACUCCUCCUGUGUUGGUGUUGUUGUUGCUGCUGAACGUCGAAAGAAUGGAGGGAAGAGAAGAGGAGCAGGAAAAGCGCGACGAUUCCAGAUUCAAUCAAACACUCGAGAACAACGUCCAAGGGUUUCUUAAAGGAAGGAGUGUUCCUGGCAAAGCAUUGCUCACCAGGAGUCCCGAUCCUCCAACAUCAUACCACCGGAGCUUCUCCGAGAACGACGCCGGGAGAAAUGAUCACUUGGAGAAUCCCCUCGAGGAGGAGGUGGAAGAUCACAGCUCGAGCCAGAAACAUGAUAAUACGUAUGCAGGGAAGCUGCGAUCAAGCUCCAGUGGUAAAAUGAUGGUGCAACAAGUCCAGAACGUGAAUAUAGGUGUUAGGUCAAGCGAUUACGGUAGAGUUAUGAAGUUCAACAAAGUCCUCUCCGAUACUACUGUCAUUUUAGAGAAACUGCUAGAGCUAGCGUGGAAUGGUGUGCCUCACUAUAUGCGCCCUGAUGUCUGGCGUCUUCUCUUGGGAUAUGCACCACCUAAUUCAGAUAGGAGGGAGGCUGUCUUGAGAAGAAAACGUCUUGAAUAUCUUGAGUCUGUUGGCCAAUUUUAUGACCUUCCAGAUUCCGAACGUUCUGAUGAUGAGAUCAACAUGCUCCGCCAGAUUGCUGUUGACUGUCCAAGAAGUGUACCAGACGUCAGUUUCUUUCAGCAAGCACAGGUGCAGAAGUCAUUGGAGCGUAUUCUUUACACGUGGGCCAUUAGGCAUCCAGCGAGUGGAUAUGUUCAGGGAAUAAAUGAUCUUGUCACUCCUUUUCUUGUUAUAUUCUUGUCAGAAUAUCUAGAAGGUGGUGUAGAGAGUUGGUCAAUGUCCGAUCUAUCUUUUGAAAGAAUAUCAGAUGUGGAAGCGGAUUGUUACUGGUGCUUGACAAAGCUACUUGACGGUAUGCAAGAUCAUUACACGUUUGCUCAACCUGGAAUCCAGAGACUUGUGUUCAAGCUCAAGGAAUUAGUCAGGCGUAUUGAUGAACCUGUUGCCAGACACAUGGAAGAGCAAGGACUAGAGUUUCUUCAGUUUGCUUUCCGUUGGUAUAACUGUCUUCUGAUACGUGAGAUCCCGUACAGUAUCAUCAACCGUCUAUGGGACACUUAUCUUGCUGAAGGAGAUGCAUUACCGGACUUCCUAGUGUACAUAUAUGCUAGCUUUCUCUUAACGUGGUCAGAUGAGCUGAAGAAGCUGGACUUUCAAGAGAUGGUGAUGUUCCUGCAACACCUUCCGACACAUACAUGGACAGACCAAGAGCUGGAGAUGGUUUUGUCAAGAGCAUUCAUGUGGCACAGUAUGUUUAACAGUUCCCCUAACCACUUGGCUAGCUGAGUGACUUUUUCCUCGAUUAUGAUAUGACUGUUCGUUCGUUCUUUGGUUAUAUUUUACUCCCAAAAUGAGCUUUGGUAUAAAUGGUAAAUGCUAACAUUCUUUGUCGUGUUAAUUGUGCCAUUAGUUUAUGUAUGGUUUCUCACACGACACUUGUUUAUUCUGUCACCAGGUUUUGUGUUUGUAAUAUCUGUAGCUUUUUUACUCAAUCAGUCAUUUGCAUGGCUGUCUCUCUCACUCUAUACAUGCUAAUCAUGCCCUCUUUUGUAAUAAUACAAAGAUAAGAUAAGAUAAUAGAAAUGAGAUUAGAUAUGAGUUAAAAUAUUAGAAGUAAUAAUCAACCUGAAAAUUCAAACAGAGAAUGUGGACAUAAGCAACGUUGUCAACAAAAAUCUAACUAAAAAGAUGAUGAUGGACUCUUAUCUCUUGUCUUGGAUUCCUAACUAAGGCAUAAAUAAUUAAUACAAUGUUAAAGUCAACAUCAAUGAAAUUUUGGUCGGUUAUUUAUUUAUUUUUGAAAAGGAAAGAAGAAUACUAAUUUCGCUCGAUUAUUUGCAUGUUUCAUUAUUAACUCUGUGGGAUAAUUGUUUAUAUUUACAUUGGCAAGGAGGAUGCCUAAAAACAUCCUUGGGGAGGAACUUCUCUCUCUAUUCUCUCUAACUUCUAACUUCUCGCCGCCGGUCACCACCUCCCUUUUGUUUUUUGUUUGUUCUUGUAUAAUAAAUUCGAUCUUGAAGAUCGAUCUAAAUUUCCGGUAGCGGAUAUCAUCUUCGCUUGGCGAUCUUUUUGUGGUGUUUUAGUUUAGUUUCAUCUUCCCUUCUCUUUUGAUUUUCACCCUCUUUAAAUCCCGUUUGAUAUUGAGGAGAUGAUGGUUUUACUCCGGUCAUUCUCAUGGCUAAUAUUUGAAAAGAAUCCAUCUUUGCUUUCUAAAAUAUUGGCAUGUGCCUCUAAGGAAAGUAUCUGAUCAAAUUUAGUCAGUGAAUUUAUUGAUUUUGCUUGGGAAUUUUCAGAAGACUCAGUAGAGUUGAAGUUUCUCAUAUAGAGAAGUGUUUCAACAAAGUCUCUUUCCGGGAUUCUUAUGAAGCUUUUCACUGCUGUUUACAUCCGGAGGAAGUCUUGAAAUCUUCUUAGUCUCGACGGUAGAUAGGGGAAAGGGGAAGCAAGUGGAUCAAACCGGAGGAAUCUCACCAUGGUUGGAGAGUAGUUUUUGCUUCUAGCCGGAGAAGAAGAUCGGUGGGAUCUCAAGCAAACCAAGCGACGGCUCAUCCUUCAACCGAUGCGUAGAGCGACACGUGGAAGAGCUUCCAGAGAGCUCGAUUUGAACAUGUGUUAUUGAUCUUAUCUAAUUUUGUUGGGCUUGGGUGGGUUUGUUGUGUGAUUGGACUGUGUUCAUAAAAGAUCCACUUGUACUCGUGUUAGCCUAAUGGCAAGGAACAGUGUUUGAACA